GAACGGUUGCUGAGAGAUGAAGGCGGCAAUUUGAGAGUUAUCUUCAAGAUUUGACCGGUUUGUACGCCCGAGUUUGUACGAAACUCUCGAUAAGUUUGUUCCAGAAUAAGUUUACGCAGGUUUACGUCAGGCUGUUCCAGAAACGAAGAGAAACAAGCUUAUAUGAUGAUGUCAAGACUGGUUUUCUUCUUCUUGAUUUUGAUGCUUUUCCCGGAAGAAGGAGAAGCAUGGAGAAGGAGAAGGCGCAGACGAUGGACUCCCCCGCCGCCACAAAAUUGCAUCGUAUCUGGCUGGUCUUCGUGGAGUCCCUGCUCUCAGAAAUGUCAUAUUGGUACCCAGACAAGAACACGUACUGUUACUACUCCCGAAAGAUGGGGUGGCAGCUGUCCAUAUUCCCUUACACAAAGUCAGCAGUGUGGUUUAAUCAACGGAGGAUGUGACCAGCUUUGUAACAAUGGAGUUUGCUCUUGUCAGAUAGGCUACACUCAAUCAGGUAAAAAGUGCAAUGACAUUGAUGAGUGUGCAUCAAAUAGUGGAUUGGGUCCCUGCAGUCACAUCUGCAAGAACACAGUUGGCUGGUACAAGUGCGAGUGCCCCAUGGGUUAUUAUCUUGGCACUGAUUCCCAUAAAUGUCUUGCGUAUGAUUGUGGUGAUCCUACUACUCUGUUGAAUACAUGUCCAUCAGAUUCCCACAGUGAUCACGUCUCCUCUGUUUGUGCUAAUGUUGCGGCAAGCUGUUUGCAAGGAACAACCUACAAUGAACAGUGUUCCCUGAACUGUCCUCAGAACUAUGCAUUAGCCAAGAUCACUGCUCAGCCGAACAAGAAGUUUGGCGAGGAUUAUUCCAAUGUCGACUUUUCAUCGGUGAUUUCUAGUAUAACUUGCCAAAAAACUGGCCCAGCACAAAUAUCCAAUGUCUGGGAUGUGAGGGACAAUGAGCUCAGCCAGUACUAUUGUAGACGAUCAAAUGAUCCUCCUGUCGAGUUGCAUCUGAAUGGUUCUGUUCUUGCGGAGCAUUCAGCUAUCGGGACCUUCAUUGGAACACUAAGUUCCCAAGACAUGCAACCGGGACAGACAUUCAUGUACACAGUUCAAACACCAAGUGCACUUCUCGCAGCUCAGGGAGAUAAGUUAAUCAACAUGUGGGAUAAUCCAAUACUAAAUGGAAACGUGUCCUUAAACGAUGGCACUUUAGAAGUGACAAUUAGAACAACAGAUGAUGGUGUGCCUCCCAUGUGGCUAGAGAAGACAUUUCCAAUCACAAUUCAGAAUGUGAAUGACCCUCCUGAGCAGGUCAACUUGUCUAAUACUGAUGUCUAUGAGAAUGCAACUGUAGGGACAGUGAUUGGAGAAUUGACAGCUGUUGAUGGGGACGACCCACCAAAUACUGAUCCGCACUCAAACUUUAAAUGGGUGUUAAUUCAUGAUGGUGAUGGAAAAUUUGGUAUUAAUGUCAACAAGAUUGUUGUUGCUCAGAGUUUGGUUCCUGGAUUGUUUAAGAUAACAGUCGAUUGUUCGGACUUUGGAGUCCCAGUGAAAUCAACCACACAAGACUUCAUAAUAAAUGUGAUGAACAUCAAUGACGUUCCACACUCAUUACAACUAGUUGGCACCACUGUACGUGAAUUGGCUCCUGUUGGUACCGUUGUCGGGCAGCUUGUAGUAAUAGAUAAGGAUGGUGAUGAUGUGUCUUUUGACAUCAGCCAAUCAGAUGCGGGCACACUGAAUAAGUUUGAAAUCGGUGAUGUCAGAUGCAUACGUACAGGUCAUGGACUAGACAAUAAGUGCAAAGUGAAUGUCACAGUAAAAUCUUCCCUAAAUUAUGAAGACAAAGCAUGGUACAGGCUAAGUGUUCAAGCCAAUGAUUCUUAUACACGAGCAUUUAAAGUGUUCAACAUCGAAGUUAAAAAUGAGAACGAGGCUCCAACUGCUAUCAGUUUGACAGGUUCUCAUUUUGUGAUGGAAAAUGCAGCGGCAGGAGCUGUUGUUGGACAAUUUUUGGUCACUGAUCCAGAUAAUGCCAAGUCCCCAUCACAUCAAAGACACACAUGCUUGUUUGAUGUCAGUCAACCUAGUGAUGAAAAUUACUUUAUCAUCAGCACAGGACUGGUGUUGAAAGUGAAAGGAGCUCAACAGAUUGAUUAUGAGCAGAUGAAAAGUCUGGCUUUCACUGUGAUUUGUACCGACAGUGGCAACCCACCACGCUCACUGUCAGCUGGCUUUGUUAUAUCUGUGAAAGAUGUCAAUGAGCCUCCUGUUAACCUGACACUGUCUAGCACAACUGUUGACGAGAACACUCUCCUUAGUAAUCCUGUGGGUAGCCUUUCGUCAGAUGACCCAGACCAUCCUGGAGGUGUUCAUACUUAUAGUAUUGUGGGUCCAGCUGGUGUGCCAUUCAGAAUUGGUGGAACUAACAACAGAACACUGUUAGUGAAUGGUCCCUUGGAUCAUGAGACAAGUCCAACAAGCUUAGUCAUCAUCAGAGCUACUGAUGAUGGAGGCCUUUUUAUAGAAAAGACCUUCAAGAUAACCAUCAAUGAUGUGAAUGAUCCACCCAGCAACCUCACUCUUCCCACACCAUCACUGAGAGAGAACAGUGCCGAAAGAGUGUUGAUUAGUUCCAUAAUACUCACAGAUCAGGACGGAGACCUUCCCUCCUGCAGGCUCUUGGACAGUUCUGGUGGUCGUGUCAAAGUUGUGGGUACAAAUCUGGUUGCAGGACUGACUAAAACAGACUAUGAAUCCAAUGACAUGCCUUCAACAAAGGAGUUUAGUAUAACAUUAAAUUGUUCUGAUGGACACGGGAUGUUUAUUGCAAAGUCAUUUCUCAUCAAAGUUGUUGAUGUCAAUGAGGCCCCAUCAGAAAUCAAACUGAGUGCCACCUCUGUCCGUGAAAAUGAACCUGAUGCAGUGGUUGGUAAAGUGACAGUUUCUGACCCAGACAAAGGCCAGCUUCAUCGGUGCACUGUUCAUGAUCGUAUUGUUGAUGUGGGAUCCAGCACUGGGACACCAAGUCAGUUUUUCACUGUGGAUAGUGCAUUGAACCUCAAGACAUCACACGGUUUGAAUUUUGAAGCUCAACACAGCUUGGAUAUCAUGAUCAACUGUAGUGAUAAUGUGACAGACAGUUUCUUCAAGACAGAGUUGUUUACUAUCACAGUCAAAGAUGUUAAUGAAGUGCCAUCCGAUCUGUGCAAUGCACCCAUCUUGGUGGGUCUGAAGACUUCAGUUGGUGCUGUGAUUGCAGUCUUGCGUGGCAGUGAUCCUGAUAAUGAAAACGCAAUUCAUGACGAUCCUUCAAACCACAGCGUGGUUAUCAAGAAUAAACAACAAUUGACAUAUUCCUUGACUGUGCAGAACUCCUGGCCUUUUAGAAUUGACAGAAACAGUCUUUUCAAGAGUGAGCAAAUAUCUAUAUCCCAAAACUUCACAAUAAGUGUGGAAGUCAAGGAUGAUGGCAUCAUUGUGGAAAGUUUCUCUUCCAAGGGAUACCAGUACACCAAGAGCAAGUCCUUGUCAGCAGUCUUUAAUUGCACUGUGAUUGUUUCAGAACACUACCAGACAGCUGAAAUCCUUCUUGAACCCAGUCAAGUGUCUGUUACAGCAGCUGAUGGUGCAGUGAUUGGGAUCUUGUCAACAGUCAGCCAAAAUCCUGGUGAAACGUUUUUGUACGAUCUCGUAGAUGAAGCUCAUUUGCCUUUUAGAGUAUCUGGAAAUAAACUUCUUGUUGCUAAGAAGGAUGGUUUGGAUUUCCAAGUGUCAAGUUCUGAAGAAGCUUUGCUCCCAAUAUCCAUUAUAAGUAAAGGCAGCGUGUCUGGUAUUGUCAGAGAGUCUUUCUAUGUGAGAGUUGUAGAUGAAAGGGUUCAUCCAGUCAACAUGUGUUUGAUUCCGCACACUGUGAAUGAAAAUCAACCAUCCGGCAUUAUUGUGGGUCAGCUGAUCAUCGACGACUCGUCAUCACCAUUAUCAUUUUGCGCUAAACAGCACUGCUGCCCUCACCCUCGAAGUCUAGGCAGGCAGUUUGAUUAUCAAUGCCAUGUUGACACUCCAGAGAAUAAUGAGGCCACUCCACAGCUUCAAAAAAAUGUUAGUUCAUUGUUUAGACUGGAUGAUGGCUUUCUCCUUCGUACCAGGGUUCCACUUGUCUACAAUAACUUCAAGGACUCUAAUGGGAGCGUGGAAGUACACUUUAGCUGUUACCAUACCAGUCGUCCACUGCAAUUCAUUGGACAAUCUCUCCAAGUUUCUGUUGCAGAUUGUGACAACAAUAAUGUGUGUCCAGACAUUGACGAGUGUUCGUCAUGUCAGAAUGGUGGCACCUGUCAAGAUGUGAUUGAAGGCUACAGCUGCCUGUGUAUGUCUGGAUAUACUGGUGUCCACUGUGAGACAAACGUUAAUGAAUGUCAAGGCAUUGACUGUAAGAACGGAGGUGUUUGUGCGGAUGGAAUUGCAUCCUUCACUUGCCAGUGUGCUGGUGGAUUUUCAGGGGAAUUUUGUGAACGGCAACCGUCUCUUUGUGCAAAUUGUGCUGCAAGAACGUUGUGUGUAACCGUUACGCAAGCAGCCAUCAGGUGUUUAGAUAAGCAAUACCACAUCCCAAUUCUCGUGAGCGAGACAGGAAUAUCAUCGAAGAGAACCACCGAGCUGGAGGAAGAUAUAGCAGCCAUUUUGGAUGCAAAAAGAAGUGAAGGCAACCAAGCGAGCGCCAGAAAACGAAGAGCGCAAGCAAAUUUCUUCUAUGUUGAAAUUCUUAAAAUCAAUCAACUGAGUACCCAGAGACAGAGUCUACUGAUCCUCACAGCCCUGGAUGCCACCAACACGUACUCCCCUCUUCUCGCUUCUGAAGCAUGCGCAUUGCUCGUCAACACCGAGCGCAAGUGCGUGGAGAGUUGUCAAAUACUGAUAGAGGCUGACCUGCCUUGUGGCCAAGGGGGAUCAAAUAAGAAUGUUGAUGUUCCCAAGGAAGAAGCAUCACAAAGCCUGUCCACUGGAGGAGUGGCGGGCAUUUCUAUGGUGAUCAUUGUUCUCAUUGGUGCCAUUCUAGCUGGUGCUGCCUUCUACUACAGAAGGAAAUACAAAAUGGCAAAGCAGAAUCAAGAAGAAGUUCGUUACCAGUCCCGCACGGAAGAGAUCGAUUUCUCAAACCCAAUCCAUGGCGACAACAGAAAUGCGGCGACGUCAAAACCGUCGAACAGGGAAUGGGCCGAGAAACUGAAGAAGGAUUCCGACGGACUUGUGCAACACAACUUGGAUCCAACUUUGGCCAUCAAACGAAAUGAUAUCAAGAUGUCAGAGAACCCUCUUUAUUAUCGUCCUUCCACCAAUAAUUCCGGCGGGAGUGAAGAGUUCUCCAAGGCGGUGAGAAUGCCUGAAGAGGAUGACAUUGCGUCGGCUAAAGCACAGAACAAAGAAGAGAAUCCUUACUCGGAACCCAAGGAUGAUGCCCAUGGGGGAGCACUGAAUCCCUCUUAUGAAACCUCCCCUCCGAUGCGGGUAUCCCUCGAUUAUAAAUCGGCUAAAUCCCAGGGAGGGGAAAUCGCCGAAGCUGAAAAGAAUCUAAAUGCAUACUUGAAAGGUGCGAACGUCAAAGUUCGUGCUUCCAACGCGGCUCAACCAAAGAAGUUUAAGCGACAGAGAAGUGGCGAGAAAGCAUCAAAUAAUGAUGAAAUGCGUUCACUAAAAAACAGCGAGGCUCCACCGUCAUUUGACAAUCCAUUUUACAGCCAUAAUCCUACGAGUGACCAAGCAACCUCCAACGAAGAUCCGACAUACUCGACCAUCCCUGCCUUGCAAGUUGGCCGGCCAUGCUUACCGCCGAGGACUCUCGGAAGAUCGUACGAAGCACCACCGGAGCCUAUCGAGCUUCAGGACGAGGACGACACGUACGAAAAGGUUAACUUCGGAGACACAGAAGCGUGAGCUGUAUUUUAAACAAGUAGUUUUCUGUGCCUUUUUUUCUACCCUGUUACACAGUACAAUUUUUGAUACAGAAAAAUGAGUUACAGUGGCGUAAGACGUCAGGCGAUUGUGCACAACUCAAGAAAUGGAGCUGAACGAGACGUUAACUAAUUGUGUGGAAGUUUUCGUGGUUGGGAUAAUAUCUUUCUCAGUUACGGCGUAACCCCAAAACUCGAAACUCGCAUGUAGAGAACAGUUUUACUAAUCAUAAAAUAGAUGAUUUACAAAACCACGACAACGACAACGAGAACGUCACUAAACACGUGAUCUGCACGUGCGUUAUACAAGUCGCUACAUUUGAGCAUUCUUUGCAACUGAGUUGAAAUGAUUAAAAGGUGAAUUUUCCAUAUUUCUACUUGGACAGGCUGGAACGUUGUCUUUGCAAAUUCCUGUGUAAGAUAGUGUAGCGGCGCGAGAAAUGAUCGUCAUUCCGAACGUCUUCGCUGUGAUUUCAAACUCUGUUCUAUGCAGCUCUCGUUGAAACUUGACUCGCAGUGCAACAUGCAUGGUUUUCACGAAAAAUUGUACUGCGUAAGAGGGUCUCAAGGAAACGUCUUUCAACGCAAUCAAGUGUGUGUGUAGCGUUUUUGUUGGUGCAUUUUAUAUUCCUUUUUUUAUUUUUUACUUAUUUUUUUAUUUAUUUUACUGUACUUUUUUUCGUUAGCACAUGUAAUUGCAAAUUUAGCUAAGCGAGGUUUUCAAUGUACUUAAAGCUUCGAGAUUUUAGUAGUUAGAAACACUGUGUGUUUUUGUACUAGUCUCCCAUACCAGGUUGUGGAUUUCGUGUAUUUCUUAACAGAACUAUAUAUGACAUUUUUACUUGUAUACGACACGCACUCUUUUUUUAUAACAUCGUUUGUAUUGAGGCUGAGGGUGGAAGUUUCUAUUUUUCAACGAUUUGGUCCUGAAAAUGUUCUUUAGAGAUUUGUAUUUUUGAAGUUUUUUAAAAAGUUGAAUUGCAAUAACUCUUGGUUAAGUCGCUGUCACGUGACAACAAUGUUGAUUCCCUGGUACAACUGAAUUAAGCUGAUUCGUUCUGUAUGUAUAUUUGUCAUUUUCACACUAAAUUUAUGGGAAAAAUUCAAGAUUUUUGCCAAAUGUUCAUUAAAAAACUUAAAAAUUAAAAGAGAGUGCACGAUAAGUUGAAAACUAGUCAGACUGUGGUUGGUAUACUUUUUUAAAAAGUUUUUUAUCGUCAUUUUUGUAUGGUUUACAUACACUUCGACAUAGUGUUGUUGUGUUAACAUUAAAAAACCACUGGCAUCAUAGACCAGCAAUAAAAUCAUAGCAUUGUGAUAUUAUGACGUAAGUUUUUUAAUUUUUCGAGCUUCAAGUUCUGUAAGGGAAGCUAACGACAUUUCGUGAGUUUCAAAUGGUUCGACAUCAUUUUUGCGGCAUGCAAUUUCCUUGAAAAUACUUUUGGAAAAGAGCGCAACAUUUUUAUAGUGGAUCUGUAAACAUACUGCAUUCCUUUGCAGCAGACACAAGUACCCAUUGGGUACCUAUUUGUAUAGUGGACAUGUUUCAACAGUCGACUGUCAUCGUCAGGUACGACAAACAUCACACAAUGAAGUAUGAAUUGACUUCGUAGAAAAUUAUCACUCUCCAUCUGCUAUUUUAAUAGACGUUAUGGAAACAUUGUAGAAAAUAAUUUUAGAAAUAUCUGGUAUUGUUGCUGAUGUAUAUUUAGCUCUUGUGGUAAUAGUAAACCCUAAUACUUGUAGUUUAUAAAUUCCUGUCGUUCCUGUAAAUGUUAAGAUAGAUACUUUUUAACCGUGUAAGUAUUGUAGAGUAUUAGUUUUAUUGAGUGUAAAUACAUGUAUACUCUGGUUAGUGAACGUAAAGGUAUGUAUUAUGGGUACUUUUGGUACGAGAGGGUUAUCCGAAAUAGCAAGGCCUCUUUCGAGCCUAACAAGUAAGAAUAAAUAGAGUAUUUAUUUUAAGAUAGUUUUAAAGCAAACGCUGACGCUGUUAAAGGUAUUAAGAACCAUCGUAUCGUUGCUGCAGAGUCACACUUUGUAAAAUGUUACCGUAUUUGCAUUCGCAAAACUCUGUCGAAUAAUAACGUAAAGUGUCACACUACUAGAUUAGAUUUGUUGAAACGAAAAAACACUGUAAAAUACAAUGAUAAGUAAGCCGUGAUUUAGAUUUUCUUACUUCUUGACCACAUCGCGAUCAUUUGCAUAACAUGGUGGCGUGAGUUUUACAUUUUGUAGGAGCUUUGUAUUAUGUCACGAAGAGCUUCACCCAGCAAAAAUUUGUAAAAUUUUGGAGAAUAUUUGGAAUUUAAUUUAAUGAAGCGAGAAAAGUCGGCAUUAGUAUAAAUUUACUAGCGGUCUAUCACGAAUACCGCUUUCUGAAUGGCCACGCUAUACUCACUAUCUAUUCUGUUGUAGAUAGUGAGUAGCGUAGCAAUGUGCGCCAGGUAAUAAACUGGGCACUUCUUUGCGUUUUCGAAGUGUGUUUGAAGAGGAUUUAGAGAAGGUUCUGCACGACUAGCAGAUUUACACUGAAAACAAUUAGAUUAUUCGCUCUCGAUUUCCACGCGAGAUAGAAAUCUCGAGCUCAUAAUCUAAUUGUUAAUUAGAAAUUACGGAAAAGAGAGAAGGGACUAUUUCCCUUGGUAUUUGGUUUUUAUCUCUUAGCGGUAUUUACUAUCCGUUCGUGGUAAGUUGAAAAAUGUGACGAGGCUUACGGAAAAAUGUCAUGUGGAAUUAUAUAUUAUUCUAGUAAUGAAAGAAAUUGUAAAUCCAGAAUUUUAUAAAAUUAUCUAAAUAUUACGUCACGCACAUGGCACAAUAAAUAUUAAAUCUUUAAUAUUUCA